CUUUACAACAACUUUAUUGUUUACUAAAAUAACAGUAAAGUUUUCGCAAAUGUUUCCAGGAAAACUCCUCAAGGUUCCAUCUAUCAUCGCAAAAACGUGUAGACUCGAAUUUUUUUUUCUUUGAUCAAAUAUAUCAUCAUGAAAAGUCAUUAUUGUCAGAUAAAAUUAACAGACAAUAGUCCAACCAUUACAAUGGUCUAUUUACCUGAUAUUAAUCUUUACGUAAUUAGCGAUGCCAAAGGAUUUGGACAGCAUUGGAUACGUGUAUCAUAUUGUCAAAAAAUUUAUGAUACAAAAUUAUUACUUGGUAUGGAUGCCGAUGAUUAUAUGACUUCGAUUGCUCGUCAUUUUGCCCAAUCAAUAAUCAAAUAUAAAUUAUCAACCAUUCAGGAUCCAUUAAUAAUGGUCAAAGAAAUUGUGUUAAAUUUUAGUAUUUCAUUAAAAGAUAAAGAUCCUAAAUAUAUUAAAAUGAUUGGCGAAGAAUUUGCUAAAUAUUUUCAAGAUAAAUCUGAAUAAAAUUUAUUGAUUUUUUUU